AUGAAAUAUCUUACAUCCCCCCAGACAAGGGUAGUCGAGGAGAACGUGUCCUACGGGUACAAAGACUUAUGCUUGCACUGGCGAGACCGCUGCUUUUCCAAUCAGCAGCUGCAAGCUAUACACAAGAUGGCGCUGGAACCGCAUAUCUAUGGCAGUCUGAAGUUUCCUCAGACGAAGAUAUCCUAUCACAACUUGAUGAUUGGACAAAUGCUUGGCGGUUUGCAGUACAAGAAAUCUGGCCGGGAAGUGACCGAAGCGAAAGCGGUGCUUCUGAAGUAUUACCUCAGGUUUCAAGACUCGUUGGAUGCCGAACGAGGCGAUUUAUGGGAGACAAUGCUUGAGGAGCAACUGCGGAGCUACAACGAUUCGGUGAUUUCCGUCACGUUCCAACAUUCCCGAACACUGGACAGAGAGCUGGUGAAGAACGUCGAAAACCUGACCCCGAAAAUGAUCAUUUCGUUCGUUUUGCUCGCCUCGUUCGCCUCCGUGUGUACCAUGGUUCUGUUGCGAGUGGGCAAUUCGAAGACGACGGCGUACGUCGAUUGGACAAGAAGCACCCCGCUGCUGGCCUUAGCAGGAAUCUGUAGUGCCGCCAUGGGAGUCAUCUCGACAUUGGGUCUGUUUCGUCUGCUACACGUCGGCUAUUCUGUUCGAUUGGACAACACGUUUCUAAUGAUCUCGGCUUUCGUUCAAACAAACCAGUGCUCCUCAGUACAGCGAAGAAUAGAAGAGGCGAUGUCCGAGUCGGCCGUGUCCAUCACAAUCACGGUGCUGACCGACGUGAUCAGCUUCGGGAUCGGCUACUUCACGUCCUUCCCGGCCGUUCAACUCUUCUGCGUCUGUACCAGCGUCGCGAUGGCUGUGACCUUUCUCUAUCAGCUGACGUUUUUCCUGGCGCUUUUGGUUAUGCAUGCCCGGAACGAAGCCGAAGGACGACAUGCAUUAAUUCCGUGCCUAGCAACCGUCACUGUCGACCAAAAACUAGAGGGUAUGGAGCCUGUGAACCUGCUGGUAGAGCAGUCGGAAACGGCAAAAUUCUUCACCGACUUGCAUGAAUACUUUUUGGGCUACGGUACCGCCGUUCAAGUGGCUUUUAACAAUCCAGGUAGCGUAGUCAGUGAAAUUAACCGUAAUCGAAUAAGGACCGCCGUUCAGGAGUUCGCCAACAGCGACCACGGCACCGGCGUCGAAGGAGUGGAAUUUUGGCUGAUCGAGUUUGAGCGCUUCCUAUUAAGUCACGAGCGGCUGUCGAUCGAUGAGGUGCCCGAAGGCCAAUUUUUCAAAUACCUUUCCGCAUUUUUUGACAGUCCGGGAAAUGAGUUUUACAGCAACGACGUCAGACUGAGGCACGGUGACGACAGGACGGAUAUGACGUGUUUCCGGUUGCUCGUUUACGUGAAAAACUUCUCGACAAGCUUGGAUCAGGUGAACGUCAUCGACCAGUUCCGACGCAUUGCCGCCAGACAUGCGGAGUACAAUAUCACGACGUUCAACGUCGUCUGGCCGUUCAUCGAUCAGUACAAGGAAGUACUGCCGAACAUUCUGUUCGAAAUGUACUCUGGCGCGGUGUGCAUGGUCGCCAUCGCGCUGCUGUUCAUCCCUCACCCGGUGUGCUUCGUCUGGGUGACACUGGCGAUGGUGUCCAUCGACGUCGGCGUCAUCGGAUACAUGUCGUUUUGGAACCUGCGGCUGGACUGCAUCACGAUGAUCACGUUGAUCAUGAGCAUAGGCUUUUCGGUCGACUUCUCGGCGCACAUCUCGUACGGAUACGCGGUCGGCAGGCAACGACGGCCGUCGCAACGCAUGCGUUGCACGCUGGCCAACCUGGCGGCACCCAUCGUGCAGGGGGGCCUGUCGACCGUCAUCGGCGUGCUGGUGCUCGCCGCGGCGCCGUCGUACAUGAUCAAGGCGUUCUUCAAGACCGUCGUCCUGAUCAUCGUCAUCGGCGUCGUGCACGGCAUCGUGAUCUUGCCCGUGUUCCUAACCUUGACCGACCUGUCGAAUUUGAGGCACCUCAUGCCAAACAUUCACCAUUUGACUCGAAGAAGCGGAACGUCCACGAGGGAGCAAGCAAUAGCCACCGUCUGCCGAUAA